CAAUCCGGCGAUAAGAAAAAAGUGAUCGAAUCCAGCUGCUCUUCUCUGCCAUUGUCCGCUCAUCGAGCUCACUUAGUGCUCUUUCUUCUCAUCCCGCAUUCUGCGGGAGACCUUCAAUUGCGAGCGGAGGAGCUGUCAGUCAGUCAGUCACUUGCGUUCCAAUGACAUUGACACAUGGGAGCGACGGUCGGAAAAAAUGCAGCUCAAUUGGAAUCUGGCCUUGGCCUUACUAGCGUUUCUUUGUCUGGAGCGUGGACACGACUCUAAUGGGGAGGUUCCAGGUCGUGAAAUGGGACUCCAUUUGGCUGCCCACUUAUCGCCUAGUACUCCUCCAAAGGACCAGGAGAUCGCUGCCAGGGCGGUAAUCAGCCGAGUAAUCGGCGAACGAUCCUCUCAAUUGUUUCAGGUUCAAGUCAAUAAGGGGAUGGCGCUACGCAGCUUUCAGAUUUCCAUGCUAAACGAUGGUCGAAUUCUUCUGGUGGGCUGGGAUGGAGUAUCCGUGUGCAAGGCCUUCCAUCACUACCUGAAAUACGUCCUGAACAAGGACGUGGAUUGGUUCAAGAUGCGCAUCGAGCUGCCCAGCAAUCUGAAGUUGCCCAAUGUGACCAUCGAGUCGACGUCAGCCAGUCCGAUGAUCUAUCACCAGAACGUCUGCACCUGGAGCUACAGCUUCGCGUGGUGGGGCCUGGAGCAGUGGCGCCGCCACCUGGAUUGGAUGGCCCUGAUGGGCAUCAGCCUCACCAUUGCCCCCGUCCAGGAAGCCAUCUGGGUGGAGGUGUACACGCAGAUGGGCCUUAAUCAGGAGGAGAUCGAUGAUCAUCUAGCUGGACCCGCUUUUCAGGCCUGGCAACGCAUGGGCAAUAUCCGCGGAUGGGCAGGACCUCUGACGCCCGAAUGGCGACGAUUGCAACUGCUCCUCCAGCAGGAGAUCCUCGGAGCCCAGCGGAAUCUCGGCAUGAGUGUGGCCCUGCCCGCUUUUGCUGGUCAUGUUCCACGGGCUCUCCAACGUUUGCAUCCCAAUUCCACUUUUAUAAAGGUGCAGCGAUGGAAUCAGUUUCCCGAUCGCUAUUGCUGCGGUCUCUUUGUGGAACCCACGGAGCCGCUUUUCCACCAGAUAGCCGAGAGCUUCCUCAGUCGCGUAGUUACCACCUAUGGCUCGAAUCACAUAUUCUUUUGUGAUCCCUUCAACGAACUGGAGCCACCGGUGGCCAAACCGGAUUACAUGCGAUCCACAGCGGCGGCGAUAUACGAAUCCAUGCGGGCGAUUGAUCCCCGGGCCAUUUGGCUGCUGCAGGGUUGGAUGUUCGUCAAGAAUCCCUUUUGGACGCCGGACAUGGCGAGGGCUUUCCUCACCGCCGUUCCAUGUGGCCGCAUCCUGGUGCUCGAUCUCCAGAGCGAACAGUUCCCGCAAUACGAGCUCACUGAAUCCUAUUUUGGACAGCCCUUCGUUUGGUGCAUGCUGCAUAACUUUGGUGGCACCCUUGGGAUGUUCGGAUCCGCCAAGCUGAUAAACUCAGGAAUAGAGGCAGCGCGUCGUUGGCCCAACAGCAGUUUGGUGGGCACCGGGAUCACUCCCGAGGGCAUUGGCCAGAACUAUGUGAUGUAUUCGCUGACUUUGGAGCGCGGCUGGAGUGAUGAACCCUUGGAUUUGGAUAGUUGGUUCGUGCAUUACCCUCUAACACGUUAUGGGGUGAAGGAUGAGCGACUGGAGCAGGCUUGGCUGCUGCUGAGGGACAGUGUCUACUCCUUCCGGGGACUGCAGAAGAUGCGGGGUCAGUAUGUGGUGACUCGGAGGCCUUCCUUCAACCAGGAACCUUUUACAUGGUAUAAUGCAAGCGAUGUUUUGGAUGCCUGGCAUCUGAUGCUCUCCUCGAGAUCCAUAAUUCCGCUGGAUGACGACCGAUACGAUAUGUAUGAGCACGAUUUGGUGGACAUAACCAGGCAGUUUCUGCAGAUCAGCGCCGAUCAGUUGUACAUCAAUCUGAGGUCUGCCUACCGAAAGCGACAGGUUCCGCGAUUUGAAUACCUCAGCUCUAAACUACUGGAGCUCCUUGAAGAUUUGGAGAUGAUCCUGGCCAGCGGCAGGAACUUCCUGCUGGGUCCAUGGCUAGAGCAGGCCAAGCAAGCUGCUCCAAAUGCCGAGGAGCGUAGCAACUUUGAAUUCAAUGCCAGGAACCAAAUCACCGCCUGGGGUCCCGAUGGUCAGAUCCUGGACUACGCCUGCAAACAGUGGUCGGGAUUGGUGAGCGAUUACUACCUGCCCCGAUGGACCCUCUUCCUGGAGGAGGUGAACGUGGCUCUGCACUCCCAGCGACCCUUCAAUGGCACCGCUUUCAAGCAGAAGGUCUCGCAGCGAAUCGAACUGCCUUUUAGCAACUGGACGGAGAGUUAUCCUCUGGAGCCGCUUGGCAAUACCUGGCUCAUUUCACAGCGAAUUUUCGAAACCUGGAAAGACUAUUCAAAGGACACGCAAUUUCUGCACAACAAUCGACUGUCGGUGCCGCGAAAAUUGGGCCCUAAAUAAUUUGUAUUAAUUUAAUCAAUUGUAUGACUGCCAAUUCAAAUAUUUCAUUUAAAUCUCUGUAAGC